CGAGCAACAAAAGAAAGAAAAUGAUUGCGCAUGUAUAGAAUGCCUGCGUCUAAGGAAAGCACAGAUAGACGUCGACCGUGUCGAGUUAGUCGGUUGUCAACGUUGUUUUUUAAUCGAACAAUGUAUUUUAAUUCAACGAGAGAAAAAAAUAUCGAAGAAUUGUUUGGUUCCGAUUAUUCCGAUGAGGAAGUCAACGACGUCAGAAAGAAAGAUUUGUACAGUCCAACAAAUGAAUACGAAGAGUCGAUACAGGCUAUGUGUGAUAUUUAUGGACAGACACCACCGAGAACACGUCUCAGUCGUAAGAAAAGGCACAUGAAACAGAAAUUGGCAAUAUGUGAGACAAAAUCUUCGGAGAAAGAAUAUCGAUCAAAAGUUGGUAUUAGAAGGAGAAAUACUUUGGAUACGAUUAUCUUCAAUGUAAUGUGCGACGAGGCAGAUAAAUGUCGUGAAAAUGAAGCGAAGGAAGAAAUUGUUAAUCGAAAAUCUAAAAGAAGUUUGAAACUUUUACGCGGUAAUGAAAGAGAUUUGAAACUCGACGUUGAAGCUGCCCUUAAUUAUGCCGAAAAAUCAGAACGUUUGAUGCCAUACACACCGAACAAUAUGAAAAUUGAAACGAAAAAUAGAUUUCGUAGUUUAAGAUCAAAGCCAAUUGACGUUGAGGAGAAAAAACAGGAAACGAAAGGGAUCCAUUUGACUCUUUUGUCGGACGAAAAAGAAAUUAUAUCGCAAUCGCCAAUGGCACAAAGUUAUUCAGAGCGACAGACCUUUCAUGAUACAUUUUCAAUUCUUAUUAAAUUGGGAAGUACAGAACGUAAUUGUCGUAGGCAAAUGAGUCAUGAAGAGACCCGAUGGCAAAAUGAAUUGAAAGAUUUGAUUUGGUUGGAGUUACAGGCACAUCAUGCUGAUCGUAGUCCAAUGGCUCAAGAUGAAUAUUUAUGCAAACAACGAGAAGCAGUAGGCUCAUUACUUAAAGAAAUAAUAGAAUAUAAAUAUAAUCAAACUGUAGUAAAUCAUCCGGUUUCAUGUUAUUCAAAUGAUUUCAACGAACAGAGUGUAAAUUCUGGUUCAGGUUCAGGAAUAGAACAUACUUUAUGCUCUGGUUGUCUUUCAAUGUAUUGUCGAGCAUGUGUACGUGCACAGGGAGAAGCCUUAAGACAAGUAGAAGGAUUGUUAGCUCGAUUAGAGGCUGCAGAAGCAUUAUAUCCAUCGUCUCAGGCAUUUGCUGUUCAUUAUCCUUUAUAUAAGAGUCCAGAAUUUACUGGAAGAGUUAAAGCUAUGUGCCUAUGGUAUAAUAUGACUAAACAUCAUAGAUUAAAAUUACAGAUUUUAGGAAAAUUAUUAAUGAUGCUUCAUACUAAGAAAAAGCAAGAUGAAACGUCUGAUUCUGGGAUAAGUUCUCGAGCUUCGGAUAUGACUGAUGGUUCAGAACCACGACGAGCCAUGAUACGUUUUGAAUUAUCUCAACAAGAUGAAAUUUCAAAUCCAUCUGACAGUAACAAUAGUAAUACUUCGUCUCUUGGUGGAAUGUCCUUGGCACAAUCAUGGCCAUCUACUCCAGAAUCUUCAUUUUCAUAUGCUGAUGAUGAAAGACUCGAUCGUCUUGAUUUCUAUUUAGUAGAAUUUGAUCGUCUUGCUUACAGAAAAUACAUAGAGGAUGUACUCAAGACUAGAGGACUGAGGAAAAGUCUUAAUUUUUUGGAAAGAUUACAUAUUUCUGUACUUAGAAAAGCAAGACUUACUUUAGAGAAAAACGAUAAGUAUGAUAAUGAUAGUGCUAAUGAGGAAUAUGACGGUGAUAAAGAAUUGAAGAGAUACGGUGUAUGGAGUGCAGAAGCUAAAGAAUUAAAUCUUCCAUCAUAUAGAGCUGCUUUUCUAUUCUUGUCGCGUGUUCCAUUAGAUGUGGUACAUGAAUUUUUGAGAAUGAGAUUAGAACAAAAGCCAGAACAACCAAGUCCAUUGUCGGUACGUCAAUUGAUGCGUGAAUUACGAGAGGGACUUAGGAUUGCUUGUAUACAUCGAGAUAGAUUUUCUGCUCAUUCUCGCGCUGCCAUAGCCAGUGAUCCUUUCGCAUGUAAUACUCUAUUCGAGGCCGACGUGAAGGAAUUCGAUGAGAGCCUGAAAGCUGUUUUUGAAGUUUAUUUAAAUUAUUUGCAACAAUGGGUAGAUAUGGUUCAGCAUGAUAGCUUUCAUAAAAAUUUAAUAAUGGACGAAUGGACCUUCGUUAAAUCUAUUGCUGGAAAUAUUAUUGACGGAUAUAAAAUAGCUGGAGUUAAAUUUUGCGAAAUUGCCAGGACAAUGAUUAUACAAGUUAAAGAAUUUCUCGUGGAACGACCUAAGGAGAUCAAGGAAUGCGUGGAUGACAGAGAAGAUGAUGAUGAAUGGUCAGGCAAAUUUCAUUUGAUGUAUGUGGGACGCGAAUGGCAAGGAAUGUUUGUGGAAGCUCGGGAAAAGGUUGUCAAGAGUGUUACCUUGGCUAAAUGUUUAAAGCGUGACAUUGAAAAAUGGCCAGCACUUAAUAAAGAGUUAGAAGAAUCUUUGAUAGCAUUGAAGGAAAUAGUUAUGGAUUUGAGAUGUCGUAUAACGAUAGUAAUCGAGGAAUUUCAAAAUGAUCUUAAUCAAGCAGAAGAACCUAAAGCUGAAUCUGAUCGUACGGCGAUACGUUCACGUAUCAGGGAAAUACUUCAUCAGGCAUAUAGAAUGGGAUUCGAUUAUCACAAAGAGAUGUGUAAUUUAUUUUUGUCAGAAGAAAAAGCUGUUCUAGCACGUGGCCUAGUAUCCUUCGCAUUUCUUUGGAUGGAAUUUGUAAGAAUCAGAUGUGAACGUGGUAGAGGCUUGAGACCUAGAUGGGCAAAUCAAGGAUUAGAAUUUUUGAUAAUAGUUUGUGAGCCUCAUUAUACUAAACAUUUAACUGACGAAGAAUUUGAAGAAUUAAAAACAUCGAUGGAUAGUUGCAUUUCCCAUGUCAUUGGAACGGCAUCUGUAUCAUCCUCAGAAAUAGAUACCUUGAAAAGAUUACCUCGAUCAAGAGCAUCCUCUCCAUCUCAUUCUCGUAGCAAAACAGCAAGUAUAAGUACCUUACAAAAGACACGAGAUAUUUUAAAAUCCCCUGAACUUUUAUUGAAUACGAGAAAAUCAAUUUCACCAAACAUAAUUGACGGUGGUAUCCUUGUUGUAAAUUCAAAUAUGCCUAGACAAGAUAGAAUAGUCAAAGCCAUAAAAAAAGUGGAUCGUAAUAUCGAUGAGAGAUUGAAAAAUCAUGAACUCAUUGGUCAAGUAACCGACAUGAAGGCUGUUGAUAGAGUUCAUAUAAAAGCUAGACGAGUGACGUUUACUUGGCAAAGAGGAAUUAAAAUAGGCCAAGGAAGAUUUGGAAAAGUAUAUACCAUAGUAAAUAAUCAAACUGGUGAAUUAUUAGCAAUGAAAGAGGUACAAUUACAACCUGGUGAUCAUAGAGCAAUUAGAAGAAUAGCAGAAGAACUUCAGAUCUUUGAAGGAAUACAAAAUAAUCAUCUAGUUCGUUAUUAUGGUUUGGAAAUUCAUCGUGAAGAGAUGUUAAUAUUUAUGGAAUUCUGUGCAGAGGGAACAUUAGAAAGUUUAGUAGCCGGAAGUGGAAAUGGUUUGCCUGAAUCUUUAGUUAGAAAGUACACACAUCAACUUCUUUUAGCUGUAACAGCUUUACAUUCCCAUGGUAUUGUACAUCGUGACAUUAAAACUGCAAAUAUUUUUUUGACAAAUGAGGGCAAUUGUUUAAAACUUGGUGAUUUUGGUAGCGCGGUGCAAAUAAAAGCGCAUACUACAAUGCCUGGUGAACUUCAAGGAUUUGUUGGGACUCAAGCUUAUAUGGCACCAGAAGUAUUUAUGAAGACUGAAAGUAUUGGACAUGGUAGAGCAGUAGAUAUAUGGUCUGUUGGUUGUUGUAUCGUUGAAAUGGCUAGUGGACGUAGACCCUGGUCAGAAUAUGAUUCCAAUUAUCAAAUAAUGUUUAAGGUUGGCAUGGGUGAGACUCCUGCGAUACCAAAGACAUUAUCUUUAGAGGGUAUAGACUUAAUCAAAAAAUGUUUGCAGCAUGAUCCAAAAAAAAGAUAUACCGCUAAUACUCUCUUAACGCUUCCUUUCGCGCAAACGUACGAGGACGUUAAUGCUGAUUUAAAUGUUACACGUUUUUGA